AUGAGUGGUGUGAAUGGUGGGCUGGGUGCACCAGCAAGACCACCGAAUUCAAAUAAUGGAGGAGAAAAUACCGAUACGGAAAUGAUACCACUAGAAUCCGACAGGCCUUAUGAAUGCAAUUGGGCUGAAUGCGGCAAAGAUUUCUCGAGACGAUCGGAUUUUGCUCGACACCGGAGGAUCCACACUGAGGAACGUCCAUAUCAUUACCACACACUUGCGAACAAUGUUAUGCUCGUCAUCGCUGCACCCACACCGCAAAAGACCAUACGUUUGCUCGUACUCAGGUUGUGGAAAGACCUUUACUCGGAGAACUACGCUACCUUGCAUCGAAAAAUGCAUGGAGAGUUCAACACUGCUUAUAAUGCAAGAAGACAACCGAUUCAAAUAGUUUAUUCAAUGGACCACCAAGUUCUCCACAAACCGAUUGCUAUCCAUUAG